UCGACCUACAAUAAAAAUGGCCGUCAGUCGCAGCAAUAACCAGGGUAAAGAUCUAAACAAAAUUCCAUCUUUAGACUACAGCAAUGAGGAAGAACUGAAUGAGGAUACUCGGCUUAUGUACGAAAAAUAUAAAGAUAAAAUGGAUGAUGCAAAGCCAGCUCCUAAGAAGGAACAUAAACCAAGAGCUUCGUUAGAUGUGUGCAUCUUUAUGCGGGACAGAACAGGAAUUCACGUGCAGUUAGAGGAGGGGCACCAGGCAGAGGCGGACGAUUUGUUCGAUAUCGUUCUACAGGAUCAGGGACUGCCAGCUGAGUGUGAGGAUGUGUUUGCUUUGUGGCUCGUCUCUCCACUGCUAGAGUUGAGAUUAAAGAAGAAACACAAACCUUUCUUUAUGGUACAACAAUGGGAUGAACUCUGCUCAAAAUACACAGAUGCAAAGGCUGAAGAGAUACAUGAUGAUGAACCGGUGUUAAUGUUUCAAAGAAAUGUCUUCUUCCCAAAAGAACAAGAGGUUAAUAUUACAUAUGAACAAGUACUACGCAUUUUAUACCAUGAGGCCAAGUACAAUGUGCUGGAGGGUAGAUAUAUACUGAACUCCGAUGAAUAUCACACACUGGCUGGAAUACAAGCAUUACUCAGUAUGGACAAAUAUAACUCCAGAGAUCAUAUUAUUGAAACUUACAGAGCAAGCUUACAUCAAUAUUAUCCAGAACACGUGUACAGAAAACCCUCCGGAUUUUUUGCUCGACGGAAAAGCCAAGGGCCGAAAGAUGCCAUUGAGGAGAGAUGGUUAAAUGCUCAUCGACAGAUAUCGCAGGAGUAUGAAAAUGAAGAUAUAGACAGUAAAAGAGGAGAACUGUACAGGAGAUAUCUAGAAUAUCUCUGGCCUUAUCCUUUCUAUGGGGCUGCUUUCUUUGACAGUUUUAUAAAUAAACCUCAGGGUAAACUAGGAUUUCUGAAACGCUCACACAACAUUGAAACAUGGACAGCUAUAAAUACGAAUGGUGUUUGUUUGAUUGACCGUGAAAAAGAUGAGGUACUGCUGGCGGUACCAUACACAGAGUUAUGUUGGGAGUACGGAGAGCCUCAGUUUGAUGUUGAUGAUGAUUCUUUCCCUUGUGUAUUCCUGCAAUUCCUCGUGAAUGAGAGGACACCUGAUGGUGUAGAGAGGCGAGUUACAAAAGUACUACAAGUCUACUCAAGACAGGCAAAAAUGAUGAUUGCUUUGAUAGAGUCAUGUGUUGAACGUAAAAAAUUAUUGCGCCGAGGUAUUCCAGCAAUAGAUGAUGUUGAUGGCAUGACUGGCCAAAAUGAAUUUCAUGCAAGAUGUAUUAACAAACUUGGGAAAAUGUGCCUGACCACUUUCACAACUUCGGGUGAAUGUCUUGACUGAAGGAAUGCUACAUAGACAGUUUAACUCUUAACAUGACAUUCUAACACGAGAUCUGCAUGGAUAACAGAAUCUGUCCAUUGUGCAUGUGAUCUGUUAUAUAUCUACUGACAUUCUUAUAGCAGCUGUCCUCAUGUUUUAUGUCAAAUUGUUUGAAAAAAGUAGGUAUUUUAGCAAUUUUAAGUAUUUGUUGAUAAUAUGUGAAAAGUAUGUGAUUUGGUGAAAUUUUCAAAUUCAUGUCCAAAUUUGAGCAAAUACACACAAACCCUGUGCUUAAAGACCACCUGUAAACAGAGACCACCUUGCUUUAAAAGACCAGACUGAGUUUAAGAUCAGAUUUAAACAUUUUGCAGUGUAUAUUAACCUGUGAAUAAAGUCUAGCUGUUUGUAAGGACCGCAUAAAGCUCUUUAUACACAGGCCAAAAAUGAAAAUACUGCGAAUCUGGUAGAUUUGUGUAGUAUAUGUUUAUCCGAUGUAUAAAGUGCUCUUUUUCAUUGCUAAUCUACAUGUCGAGUUAUGUUGUUAUUAUUUAUUUUAUAUAUAUGUUUCUCCCGAUAUUGAAAUUUUCAAUGAUUUGACAUAAAUGUUGAGGCGUACUGCUUUAAUGCUCAAACUGAUCUACAGCAAGCAAUCAAAUGGAACUGACUGUACAGUUAGUUCUUUCUUAACUGUGUUUAAAUAAUAUUAUAUAGCUAUGAUAGUGGCUUUUAUAGAGUAGCAGACUCACAGUUUUAGUGAGAUAAUGCUAGAUAUUUAUAAAAUGAAAACUUUCUGUCUUGAGAAUUAAAAAUACCUUUGAAUAAUAAAAGGUAUUUUUACUAGUGGGGUAAAUACUGAUGCCAGUUCAAUAGAAACAAGACUGAUCGUCAGAUUACUGGAUAGAAGACUGGUUGCCAAUAUAUUGGGAACAAGAUACCAGUAUACCAGAAAUAAGACUGAUUGCUGGAGGUGUAUUGAUUGUACACAGGGGUCACACUGGGAAUUUUUUUCUCUGAGCCACUGCUUUUUCCGAAGAUAAAAUUAUAAGGCCAACAACGGCAAAGCGCAUAGCAUUGACGUUCUUGUAGAACUACAUUAUAUGUACCAAAGUACUCAUACUACUCAAGAAAUUAAUGUAGUUAUUUCAUAUUUCUUAGUAACCCUUUAAAAAGCUAUUUAGAAAAUCAAUUUGGGUUAAUUUCUAAAAUUAUCAUUUUUAUAAACAUCUGCCAUUUAAUAAAAAAAUUCUGAAAAUCACAUUUAAAAUAAAGAUGUCAAAACAGAAAAAAAAAUGUUUAAAAAAAACAGUGUUUUAUUUUGCACAUUGCCUAUAAGUGGGUUGGGUUCGAUGCCUUCGCAUGUUUUAUUCUCGAAAAAUACUUCAAAAUAAGAGCUCCUUUUGCAACAGUUGUCAUAUUUUUCUUAAAUGUAGACCUUUUAUUGGUUUUUUAUUAAGAUUGCACUAAAAAAUCGCGUCAGAAAUGACAGAAAUAUCCGAAAAUCACGGUCGCGAAAACGGGUGACAAAUUCGGAAAACGUAAGUUAGAAUUAAGUAUUUGAUAAAAUACCUAUGUUUUAUUGCUUUUCUAUCAUCAUAGCUAUUCAAUACUUACAAUUUCUGCUUGUCUAAAGCAUUUUUAUUUGUUUUUGCCCAAACUAACCCUCGGCAAUCAUAGAAAAUUUGUCUAACGGCCGACUGCUCAUAAAAUCGUAUCAAGUGCACAAAAUGAUGAUUAUAAUUAUCCAGUUUGUUAUUCAAUAAUCUAAUUAUCGCCAAUUAACUGCCUGAUCAAAUAAAAAAAUUGCAAAUUGGCUCCCUCCCUUUCAAUAACGGAUGUUGUGUCUACACAGAUUAUCGAUUUUUCACACCUUUUGGUUCGUAAAACUGGCAAUAUUCGUAGUUUUGCAGACAGACAUAGCUUCGGGCCAUUUUCGCCAAUUAGAAAAUUUCGGAGCCACAUUUAAUUUUUUGUCGCAAAUGGCUCAAGUGGCGAUCAACAGCGUGACCCCUGGUACAUUUAUUUUCUCAGCAAGAUAUUGUCCUGCAUGAUAGUAAAUUUUAUGUGACAACAAGUACCUGUAAGCCAAACAUCUGCAUGGCGCUGAGAGAGCAUACUAUGUUACAGUUGAUACUCUCUAAACACAGGAACACCAGAGAAGCAGCGACCUGUCUAAACUGAGCAAUUGUCAUUGUCAGGAAUAGUUCCAUGUAUUUAAAAUAUCUCCUGAUAACUGGAAACCCCAUGGAAGUGUUUUAUGUCCCUGAAGGGAGGCAUAUUAGUUUUCAACUGUCCGUCCGUUAGUUGGUCACACCAAUGUGUCUGUUAGUUCGUCACACCAAUGUUAACUUUUUGCAUGAAGGAAUUUUACUUGCGAACCACUGCACCCAGGACCUUCAAACUUUACGUGCUGAUGGUACUUAUUGAGUACACGACCCCUACUGACUUUGGGGUCACCAGGUCAAAGGUCAAGGUCACAGGGGCCAAUGUUAACUUUUUGCAUGAAAGCUUUUUACUCGUGAACCACUACACCAAGGACCUUCAAACUUCACAUGCUGAUUGUACUUAUUGAGUACACGACCCCUACUGGCUAGGGUCAAAGGUCAGGGUCACAGGGGCCAAUGUUAACUUUUUGCAUGAAGGCACUUUACUCGCGAACCACUGCACCCAGGACCUUCAAACUUCAAAUGCUGAUAGUAUUUAUUGAGUACAUGACCACUAUUGACUUUGGGGUCACCAGGUCAAAGGUCAAAGUGCUGUGGGGGCAUUUGUCACCAUUAGUGACAGCUCUUGUUUUUUCGUAUAUCUAAAAAGAAAAUCGUUGUUUGCUUCAUAUUUAUUUCUUAGCAAUAUUUUAGUUCAAUUUAGUUCAAAGUAAGUUUACUUAUAUAGUUUUUAUGAGCUCAAAACUACAAUGAUGCAGGGAAAUGUCUUUUUCUUCAUAAUGGCAUUAUUUUCUCAUCAAAAGAUGUGUUGUAUUUACAAUGUUGACACCAAGCUUUGACCUAGGGUGGUGGUGUGUAAAUGGGUGUAGAAACUUGAUAUUUGAAUAAUUUUGUUUGUUAUAGAAAUUUUACUUAGAUUAAGUUUGCAUACAAAUACAUGUGGUUGUAAUAAUACAAUACUCUAUGCUUUUAUGAAAGCACCGACUGCUUUUCAUUUCAUGUAUUUUAUCUUGUUAGAUGAACAAUGCUUGAACGGUCAGUUUUACCAGAUAUUUUAUCUUGUUAGUUGUGCUAUGUUUGAAUGCUAAAACUUCACUCAGAUAUAAUAUCCUGUUAGCUUAGCUAUGCUCGAGUGAAAUUUACUCAAUUAUUUUAUCAUAUUUCAUGCAGAUAUUUUGUCCUGUUAGUUAUGCUGUAAUUGAUAAGUACAUUUGACUUUUUGUUUCCUUUGGGUUUACUUAUUCUGCCACAGUGCUGCUGAAACUUUGUAGGAUUUUUAUAUCUGUCUUACUAUAAAGUUUCAGCAAAAUUUGCAGCAUGUCAGAUAUACAUUUUAUAUUAACCUACAGUGGAACAGCAUUCGCUGAGACUCUGUGGCUAGAGUAUCAGGGCUGGCUAGAACACCAUGGCUUGCUAGAGUACCAGCCCUGGCUGGCUAGAGUGCCGGGCUGGCUAGAGUUCCAGGGCUGGCUAGAAUACCAACGCGGGCUAGAGUACCUGGGGUUGCUAGGGGGCCUCCGUGGCCGAGUGGUUAAGGUCGCUGACUUCAAAUUAUUUGCCCCUCAUUGAUGUGGGUUCGAGCCUCAUUCGGGGCGUUGAAUUCUUCUUGUGAGGAAGCUGGCUUACAGGUCGGUGGUUCUACCUAGGUGCCCGCUCGUGAUGAAAUGAUGCAUGGAGGAGCAUCUGGUGUCUUUCACCACAAUUAAAGCUGGAAAGUUGCCAUAUGACCUAUAAUUGUGUCAGUGCGAUGUUAAAUCCAACAAUAUAAAUAAAUAAAUGGCUAGAGCAAUUCAAGUGGUCACUGGCUAUUUCCUAUAUAUUGUCUAUGUUUGGACUGGAAACCCUGGAUAACUUGAGCAAUUCCCUCAUCCCCUGGAUAGCUUAAACAGUUCCCUCAAACCCUGGAUAACUCAAGCUAUUCCCUCUAACCCUGGAUAACUCCAGCUAUUCCCUCAUCCCCUGGAUAACUUGAGCAAUACCCUCAUCCCCAGGAUAACUUAUAACCUCUUCCACUGGAUAACUUGAGCAAUUCCCUCAUCCCCUUGAUAACUUGAGCAAUUCCCUCAUCCCCUGGAUAACUUGAGCUUUUCUCUCAACCCUGGCUGACUCGAGCUGUUCCCUCAUCCCCCGUAUAACUUGAGUAUUCCCGCAUCCCCUGGAUAACUUGAAGCAUUCCCUCAAACCUUGGAAAACUCGAGCUAUCCCCUCAUCCCCUGGAUACCUUGAUCGAUUUCCUCAUUCCCUGAAUCCAUCGAACCCUGGAUAACUAUAGCAAUUCCCUCAUACCCUGUAUAAAUUGAGCAAUUCCCUCAUCCCCUGGAUAACUUGAGCUAUUCCUUCAUCCCUUUAUGACAGAGCAAUUAGUAUUUUACUGUAUGUGUAAAAAAAAUAUUGGUAUAAAUGUUGAUACUGAAAAUGUUACCCAAACAGUAAAUAAGCUUCAAGUUCUAUAAAUAAAUUUCUUACAUUUAUAUGCUUAUAUGGAUUGUGAAAACAUGGUAUGUGCUUAUUCAUAAAUCAUUUUAUGAAAUGGUAAGCUAGUGUAAUUAACACUUGUUCUAAGCCUUGAUCAUGUAUUUAUGAACAUUUUUAUCAAUCUUUUUCUCAUGUACAUGUACUUUUGUUUUGUCUGUGAUGCUUUAUUUAUAUAAAGAAACAUUUUAUACAUGUUGUUUUAGUUUAUAAUAAAAGAAGGAUAAUAACAGUUA